AUGAUGGUAUCUUCGCCUAUGGAAGUGCCAGUCUUUUAUCCGACUCUUGAAGAAUUUCAAGAUUUUUCUACGUUUAUCUCUUCAAUUGAAGCCCGUAAUGCACAUAGAAUUGGCCUAGCGAAAAUUGUUCCACCGAAAGAAUGGGUCGCACGUCGAACGGGUUACAAGCAAAAGCAAAUCGAUGAUCGAAUGGUGGAAAAUCCAAUCAAACAAGAAGUUCACGGGAAAGAUGGUGUCUAUUCGGUAUUCAAUAUUCAACAACGUUCAAUCAAAUUAAGUUCAUUUCAACGACUAGCAGCAUCGAGUCGAUACGCUGCACCCAAAGCAAUCGCAGAUGAUCUGGAAAAAUUAGAGAAGAAAUACUGGCAAAGUUUAACUUCGAAUGCACCUAUAUACGGCGCUGAUGUUAGUGGCUCACUAUAUGACGAAGAUCAAACGGCUUGGAAUGUGAAUAAUCUUGGCACGAUUCUCGAUGAUCUCGCAACAGAAUAUGGUACUAAAAUCCAAGGAGUAAACACAGCUUAUUUAUAUUUCGGCAUGUGGAAAGCAAGUUUUGCCUGGCAUACAGAAGAUAUGGAUCUCUAUUCAAUCAACUAUCUUCAUUUUGGAGCACCGAAACAAUGGUAUGUUAUUCCGCCAUCAUAUGGAAGAAAAUUCGAACAAUUUGCUGCUUCUCGUUUCCCUUCGUUGGCACGACGAUGUCCUGCAUUUCUUCGACAUAAAAUGACUAUUGUUUCGCCUACUAUGCUUACAAAACAAUCAAUCCCAUACGCUAAAAUAACACAAUUCGAAAAUGAAUUCAUGAUCACAUUUCCUUACAGUUACCAUGCAGGGUUUAAUUACGGUUUCAAUUGUGCGGAAUCAACCAAUUUUGCUCUCGAACGUUGGAUUGAAUACGGCAAGCAUUCGAUAAGAUGUACGUGUCGUGCAGAUAUGGUACAGAUCAGUAUGGAUCGAUUUGUGUGCAAAUAUCAGCCGGAGUUCUACGAAGAUUGGUGUCGAGGAAUUAACUUAACCCCACAUCCUGAAGAUAGAUAUCUAGCGAAGUCGAACAAUCUUUUGGGGAAAAAACGAUUAUCGAUCAAUUCGAAUUCCAGUAAAAGUUGUUUGGAAUCGUCGUCGACAUUUGAACGAGUACGACAACAGCAUCAACAUCAUGAGCAUAUAUCUGAAGAACGAUAUGCAUGUAUAUUUCGCAAUUUAGCGAAGUUUGAUAAACAGAAGCAGAUAAUGAAAUCAGAAUGUCCGAAUUCGCUCGUUCGAGCAGCACUUUGUCGAGCACAAUUCAAAAUGGAGAAGAAUCGAGAGAAAAAUUCGAUGAAGUUAUUAUGUUUAACAGCAAAACUUAUCUUUAAACGACAUUAUUCGUCGUAUUCUCCAAUAUUUUUCAAUGGUCUCAAACGAUCAGGUAAAUAUCGAGAGAACAUUCUUGAUGGUCUUUGGAAUUAUCAAAUCGUAAACUCGACAAUGGAAGAAAAGUUUAAUCAAUGGUUAGCCAAUCAAUCAUCUUCUUGUUCAAUUUGUUCUUUUUUCACUCCUAAUAAAACUCUUGCAAAUAACUCCUCAGGUCCAUCAGCAGUUCGCUCUUUAUUAUUAUCAGAGAUCUGCGAUAGUAAUCAUCAAGAUACCUCGAAUGAAUUACUACAAUGUUCCAUGUGUCAUAUAAGCGUACAUCGAGUUUGUUAUGAAAAUCUAUGUCUCGCGCUCAAUGCAGAUAUCAAUAAUGAGUAUGAACCAUGGUUAUGUCAACGAUGUUCAGUGAAAUUUCAGCUCCCUGCCGACACAAUCGAUGAUCGAUGUUCCGCUUGCCUACUCCGUGGUGGUCUGCUUCUUCAAUCUCAUGGAUCAUCAACGUUUAUUCACGCUGUUUGUUCCAUCUAUGAAUCGUAUCAACCAUCCUCGCCAUGCCAAUCGAACUCUUGCCAUUACUGUUGGUCAUUCUGUCCCUUAAAUUAUCGACGUAUUUCAACUCAUAACUUCACCACUUGCAAUUAUGAUAAAUGUCCAAAUUCGUUUCAUAUGACUUGUGGAUUGAUUGCUGGAUGUACAUUUCAAAUGAAUCAAGAACAUUCGACCGUGGAAGCGCAGUGUCAUUUGCAUGCAAUCCCUAUGACAGUUAUAUCAAGUCCAUCAUUAUCGAAUGCCAAUAGUCGAUCGUCUACCAUCGACGAGAUUGAUAAUAAAACCAAAGCGUAUUGUGAUAGCCUAACUGAUGAAGAACAACUAGCCAACGAUGAUGAAAACGAUGAUAUGAUCGUUGAGGAAAGUAAACGUGUACCGAAUGGUACCCGUGUACUAAUUCAUGAUUCGAAAGAGCAAAAAAUUGGACAACUGAUAAAAAAUGAAAUCAGUUAUCAUUAUUCCGUAGAUUUCGGAGAUGAUACAUUUAGCCACGACAUGCUUGCGGAAGAUAUUCUCGACUCUGAUCCUUCGAAACUUCUAAUUGGUUGCGAUGUUCGUAUAAAAUGGACUGAUGGUACAGUUUAUACAUGUAAAUAUCUGGGUCGUAAACGCGUCCUUUUAUAUCAUGUCAAAAUUCAAAACGAAAUCCGUCAAAUGAAACGAAACGAGUUUUCGGUUGACAUUCAACCUCCUUCACCACCACCGACACCAUGUGAAACUGAAUGCGAACUUGAUUCGAACCGCCAAUCUUCAUACACUACCAUGGCGGCAAAACGAUUGAAUCAACAGACGAAACAAGAAGUCAAACGUAAACGACGACGACUUAUUUUAUCCUCUUCUUCGUCAUCAGAUGAUGAGUGUUAG